AUGAUUGAUAAAGUAUGUCGAUUAGUGGAAAAUAUGGUAUAUGAGCUGAAUGACCUUAAGAGAAAAGAACUCUUCACAGAUAAAGAAAUUAGAAUAAUUGCAAAUAAAAGAAGGAAUCAUGAAUAUACAAUUAACAGCUCGACAUGUAUACUGCUGAAUUUUAUAUUAUAUAUCGAAUUUGAAAUUAAUUUAGAAAAUUUAAGAGAAAAAAGAAAAUCAGAAAAGAAAAAUAAUUUACUAAACGAAAUUAAUGAAUAUAAGAAAUUGUUAAAAAAUCAUUAUUCUGAAUUUACGAAAUUGAAAGAAGAAAUGAAAAAUGAAAAUUGUCCAAAAAAAUGCAAAGCAUUGAAAAAGUUACUUAAUAAAAAUGAAAACCAUAUUAAGUGUUAUAAAAAUAAUAUUUUAAAAAUAGAAAAAAAAUUAGAAAUAUUAUUACGAUACAGUUUAUCAGACACCUCUCUAGUAAAAAGAAUAAUUCAAAUAUUUCAAACAUGCUUAAGAAAGCAUCAUAAUAAUGUAGAGGUAUGGUUACAAUAUUUCAAUUUUUGUUACAUGAAGCAAAAAAAAGAAGAGUUAGAAAAUGCCAUAUUGAACUGUUUAAAAUAUCAUAUAAAAAAUGAAUUAAUAUGGAUCUUUUACCUUUAUUAUUUUUAUAAUAUAAGAAAAAAUAUACACUACACAAGAAAGUUAUAUAUUAGGGCUAUUCUUUUUGUUCCAAAAAGUUUAUGUCUAAAUAUUUUAUACUUCAACAUAGAAUUUGACAUAUUCUAUAAAUUAUUAACAAAUGUUAAACAAAAAGUAGACAACUCUAAUGAGCAUUUUGACAAAUUCAGUAACUUUUGCAAAAAUGACAAAAAGGAACAGGAAACAAAAAAUGACAUAUCGAUUAUCCACACUGACCAAACGGAUGAUGACAUACUCAAAUUGAAUAUCGACCAAAAUAGUCAAAGUGAAAGGGAUAAUACAAUUAUUGAGGACGAUGAUAAGUAUGGUCUAGACGCAAUCAUCUUCUUAGGAAAUAAAUUUAUUAAAACUUAUCAAAAUGAUAAAAACAGUUUGCAUAUUUUCAUUUUUUCACUUUUAAAUAUUUAUUUAAAAAUGGAAAAAAGUGAAUGGAUAAAAAAUUAUGUUCUUCAAUUUGAUAAUUUUAAAAAGUUAAUUUUUAAUUCCAUUCAAACGUAUAAAUUCGACCAGCCUUGCUUUUACUACUAUUUGUUUGUAACUAAAUGUGUAACCUUUUCACAUUUUGAUUUUUCCGAAGAUAAAGAUUUCUUGCUUUUAAAAAAUUCUUAUUAUUACCAAAAUGAUCAAGAAGAACAGAUCCUGCAAAAAUAUUUCAAUUUGGAAGAAGUAAACAACCUGUUACAUGAACUUUUCAGCUCCUUUCACAAUGAUCUUAUGAUUUAUUUCUUUUGUAUCUUACUUAUUAACUUAUUCGAUAUGUUUAUCGAAUAUAAUAACAUAGGUGAUGUAUUCACCAUUCAGAACUAUGAACAAACGGAAUUGUCACAUUCAGUGGAAUAUGAAGAUUCCCUCUUUAAAGACUCACAGAAUGGAAUAAACGAAUCAGAUGUCCCAACAAAGAUAAACAUACACAGAGGAGAUCAAUAUAAAAGCACUGAUGGAGAUAAGAAAAAUAUCCUUUUUUACAUGCACAAACCCACUUUAACAAGCCAUGAAGAUUUACAAAUUUUCCAAUUUUUAAAGGAUGAAAUUUUUUUAUGCGACACCUACAAAUUUCGAAAAAUUAAUGAAGAAUAUCUCAAAGAAAGAGAUAAAAGUACUCACCAUUUUUUACAGAAACUGAAUUUUAUGGCUUACGUUUGUCUUUUUGAAAAUAGACAUUCAACAAUAAGUAAAAAUAAUUUCAUAUACGAUUUUGAGCAAACCAAUAAAAACAGUGACAUCCUUUCUUCCAUACUCUACUUCUUUUUAUUUGAUAAAAGAAAUAUAGAAAAGGAUGAUCAGGUGAAAAAGAAACACCAUUUUGUGCAACCUGAUCAAGUGAAUAUACUUGAAAAUGGUCUAAGUAAAAAGAGGAAGAGAGACAACCCUUCCCUCAGUGGGAAAAACAGACACAUCGCUAGAACAUUCCGUGAUCCCAUUAAAAAGGAAGAACAAAGAGAUACUAAAAAAAAUAUGUAUGAAAGUGAUAGUGAUAACAUGAGUUUAAGGGAAAGUGCCAAAGAUGAAAGCAGUGCAUAUGAGAGUGAAACCGAUGCUGAAAGUGGUAGUAGUAGAAGUGAAGUAACCCGUGUCGAUAUACGUGACGAUGCAUGUGACGAUGCAAGGAGACCCAAGGAGCAAAGCAAAAUGGGAAGCAAUCUAAAGCAAGACUUAAAUUCGCAAGCUUCACAUUUUCCAAACGUAGAAAAAACAUGUAAUGAAAAAAUUUUUAUUAUUGAUAACCUCGUUUUAUUGCUAAGAAAAGAUAUUGAUACUUUCGUAAAGAUAACUAUUUUACAAUGUGUGCUAAAAUUAAUUAUAUACAUAAACAAUAACAAAAUAAAGCGCCAUUUUAGAAGUACUAUCUCAGAGGAGUAUAGUAAAGUAAGAGAAAGUUCACAAAAAAAAAACUUUGUUAAAACGGAACUAAACAAUUUGGCAUAUUUGCAUAACAAAGUGUACACUGAUGACUCUGUCACGGAAUAG